AUGGGGUCGAUGGGAGCCGGGCCUCCCUUGAAAGUGAUCAUUGUUGGGGCAGGCCUAGGAGGAUGUGCCACGGCUUUGGCGAUGCAUCAUGCUGGAUUCGAAGUGGUCAUGUUUGAGAAAGUCGGGGAAUUCCAACGACUCGGGGAUUCGCUUGGUCUUGGUGAGAAUGCGUUGAAGUUGCUCGAUCGGUGGUCACCUUUCCUGCGCGGCCGUCUUGUCGAUAUCGGAAACAAGUCCGAGUUUAUGCAAAUUCGCCGUUGGCAUGAUGGUAAACUGCUAGCUCAGCAACCAUUGAUGGACAUGGCGGGUUUUAUCGGCCAUCGAGGAGAUUACCACAAAGGAUUUCUGGAAGCGGUUGCAGAAAAGGGAAUCCCUCUCCACAUGGGGAGUGAGGUUGUCGAAUACAACGACAUCGAACCCUCGGUAACGUUGAAGAAUGGUGAAAAAUGCUUUGCUGAUAUCAUCGUGGCAGUUGACGGAAUCAAAUCACGCGCUCGGGAACUUGUUCUCGGAUUUGACGAUAAACCUAAAUCCUCAGGGUAUGCUUGCUUCAGGGCUUUCUUCAAGGGUGCCCAUCUCAAGGGCGAUCCACUCACGGCCGAGUUUGUUGAAAAGGAAUGUGUCAAUAUCUGGAUUGGCAAAGACACACAUUUGGUUCAAAACACCCUCCGAGACGGCGAAGAGUUCAACUGGAUUCUCACCCACAAGGACAACGAGGAUAUCAAAGAGUCAUGGUUUCAACCGGGCGAUAUGGACGAAGUUCGUCGACUCGUUGCCGAUUGUGAUCCACGAAUAGCAGCCGCCGUCAGGAAAACCGAAGCAUGUUUAGAUUGGAAGAUCUGUUAUCGUGACCCUAUCCCUACAUGGGUCAGCAAGAACCACAAGGUCGCCUUGGUGGGUGAUUGCUGUCAUCCACAUUUGCCGACGAGCGCCCAAGGUGCCAGCCAGGCGACGGAGAGUGCCGCCGUAUUAGCACAAUGCUUGCUAUUGGCCGGACGGGAUGAUAUUCCAUUGGCGACACGCGUAUACGAAAAAAUCCGCUUCCCCCGAGUUCGACGAGCCCAGACGAAUGGAGAGGAUUUACGAGAUCGAUGGCAUAGCGCAUUAGACCGAAUGGGAGAAGGCGGAGAGAUCGACCAAGAUAGCAUACUGAUAAAGAACAAUGUCCUGUACGACUACGACGCAGAGGCAGAUAUAAGGAAGCGGUGGCCAGAACUGUCGGGAAUCGUGCGCGAGGAGUUGAGGACUGGCCAGAUUACUCCGUUGUGCUGA